CACGUUACAAAAUCCUCAGCUGUGAACAGUGUGUAGAGUUAACACCAAAACUAAAACACCAUUUCCGCAAACGCAGGAGGUUGUUGUAUAACAAAGAAACAAUUUAGGAUUAGAAUUAGGAUUCUCCGCAACACGCAUGCUUCAGAGCAAGAUCACCAUGCUGGAUUUAUACUGGAAGUCGUCCUCGGGAAUUCGCUUCGGGUUCUGCUGGAUCUGCAUCUACCUGACAGCGACCAGCUUUCCGGGUCCAGCCAGCAGUGACCACCUAAGGCUGUCUGCUGCGCACAGGUCCUACAUCUGCCCAGAGGGUGCCAAUGUCACCAUGCAGUGCAUUUCUGAAGGCUCACUGUUGCACACCAGCGACCAACUGAAGCCCUUAUGGUUUUUCACUCCUCACCUGGAUGGCAACUGCCGGGACAGGAUGCACCCCCGCAAUGGCAACCACUCGUCCAUGCGGCCUCCGGGCUACAGCACCUCGGGGAAUACCCUCUCCAUCACCCUGACCCACGUGACCCGUGACGACCAGGGCCUCUACUGCUGCGUGGAGCUGGAGGUCCAACAUGAACACCAACACUUGAAGGUGCCACAGAGGGCACGCAGCCACGUGCUGCUCAGUGUCGGCCCCCGACAAAACGAGAGUGCCAAAUGUUCGUUUAUGGACCAUAAACCCAUCGAAGGCACUGUGGCAGCAGGGUUGGCGACAGCAGGGUGCAUUAUGGGUAUUCUCUCUCUACCCCUGAUCCUACUGCUGGUGUACAAGCAGAGGCAGACGGCCCACUCCAGCAGACGUUCACACGAGCUGGUGAGAAUGGACAGUGAAGCCCGAGGUCAUGAGAACCCUGUGUUUUUGGGAGAUGGCCCCCAGCCGAAGACGCGCACCGUGUCCCAGAUCCUAACGAGGCAGUCCUCUGAGACAGGACGCCACCUGCUCUCUGACCCCGGCACACCCUUGUCCCCUCCCACCCAUGGGGACGUCUUCUUUCCGGCGCACGAACCUAUCCCAGAAUCCCCUGAUUUCAUGCAGGUAUAGUGGAGCCAAUCCUUGGCAAUCAGCAGAUGUCUACCCCCGAAAGAAGACCCUUUCUUCUGUGUCUGCAUUUCACCACAGAUAAUUCAUAUUUCAUACCUUUCUUCAAUGCUUUGCUCUUGAACUUAUAUUUGAAAAAGAAAGGGGGGGGGGGGGGCAAAACCAACAGGAUUUCCCAAGCUCUUCUCUUACAGCCAUGGUUGUUAUGCACGUCCAUCAAGUCCCAAAUCCUCAGUUGAGCACGAGGCAGAUUAGCCACUAAAAGCCGUGCUAGAACAUUCUUAAUGUGCUGACUAGCAAGUCUUUGGCUCUUAUGGCUUGUACAGUAUUUCAGCAAAAUACCAUAUAGCGUAUGUAUAAUGGAGUUCCUAUGGUUUACUGCUGUAUUAGUUCGUGUAGGACAGUUAGUGUAUACCGAACUGCUAUUUCAUCGAUAAGGGCUGAGCAUACUGGUUUCUGACUGAUUUAAUACUUAUAGCAUGGAGGUUUUAACCUCAGUUGAUCUUUGUCUCUUCGAACAACACUUCUGCCUCACUUGUCCAAUCAGAGCGAGCAGCGGGUAUGCGAUGCGGGAAAAGUGUGAAACUUCAGUGUCGCAAAUGACUCUGCCGGUUGCAUCCGGCGUCAGUAGCAAACAACCUGCAGUGUGGUUGUCAGGGGGCAUGGACCCAUAGUAAACUGGUAAAUCCUGUCACACCCCUGGUAAUGGGUGUGAUGUAAGCAUUGUACUGCACUGUUUCUGCUCCCUGUCGUUUUCCAAGGAUCAUGUCACUGCUAAGGAGUCAUAGAUAUUUCUACAAUGUUCAUGUUCAAUGUUUCUAACCAAAGUUCUAUACAAAAGUACACUUUUAUCAUUUAAAAAGUAAUACAGGACUUUACAUAUUGAUUUGUACUAAGAGUUUUGUCAUAUACUAUAUUCUAAGUUUUAUAUAUAAAAUGUUUCAUGUUUUGAUACUUUGUCGGCUUUCGAAAUGGAUGCCUUCUGAAAGUUCUCUUUUUCUAAUGGUCUUGUAUGCUUGUGCUAGAUCCUGUUAUUGCAUUACUGCUGUACAGAUAAUGUCCUCCAGCUGGGAAGAAUCCAUGCAAUAAUGGUUCCUGAGGAAACGCAACAGGGAUGAAACAGUUAAUAUUUAGUAGGACGUGUUGUAGGUCAGACCAGCGCUCUCUGCUGACAUUUACAGCAAGCAGUGUUGAAUUAUUUGUGUUUUAGACAUACUGUAUGUUCGGGAAGGAGUAUAAGCAGAUUUGUAUCGUUAAUGUUCAUUCUAACAGGGUACUCAGAGUGCAUGAAUGAGAAAGUUGGCUCAAAUGACGGGUAAAAACUGGAUGUCGGUGUAUCUAUAUGGAUAGAUUCAUUCAGGUCUUAUGUGAGUUAUUACUGGCACACUGACCCUGCUGUGCAAUAAUUUGAUAUGAGUGUGAAUGGUACUGUGAUGUGAAUGAGAAAUGGCCUACAGCAGACCGGUGUUACAGCGAAAGAAUAACAUUUGUGCCGAAUCAUUAAUUAAGGAAAGGCCUCUAUUGGUCUGCCAAUGGAGAGGGUGCUGUACUUUAUAAAGAGUAUUGUCACAUGAAACCAGGAUACUCCUGCUUGUGCCACUGAAAUUUCACGGUAGGCAGCAGUGGUUACAUCAUACAGUAUGUGUGUGUCUGUGUGACUGAUAGCGGGAUGAAUGUGCAUAAAAAAGAAGAAAAGGUGUAUAAAGUUGUAUAUAAUCUCUGAACAAAAUAACAGUGAUGAGCAAUUCAGUGAAGGUUUUUGUUCUGUUCUGAUUUUUAUUUUUUUUUUGGCAAUAAAGUGGAUUUUGUCUUUC